UGCGCAGAGGCGCCUGUGCCAUAUUGGAAUUAGGUUAUGAGCGACGAGCCGAGCGGAGCUGAGGCAUCUAAAAUCAACUUUAUUCAACUCAUAUCGGAUGCGGGUUGGGCGGGAGUCACAGCGAUCGCCGUGCCCUCCCUCCUCGUCGCGCGCAGCUCCUCGUGCUCUCGGCACGAGGUAAACAACAAGUGCGAGGCGGCGGGCUGCCGCCAGAGUAACGGUCGCUGACUAAUGGGCGCCCGGCAGAGCUGACCUUCCGAGGAGCGGAUCGAUCGGCAGACCGAGAAUGCAAAUGGUGGUUGUUUAACAUAUUGUGGGAACCAUUGUGAAGUAUCCAACAAGUGGUAUCACCAUGGAUCAUAAUCCGUUGGAGUCAGAUGAGGCUUCUGCGCAUGAUGACUCCGACUUCAGCUGGGAGGACUAUCUGGAAGAAAAUGGGGCAUCAGCCGUGCCCCACCAUGCCUUCAAGCAUGUGGACCAGAGUCUACAAACUGGCCUCUCCCCAGGAAUGAAGCUGGAAGUGCCUCUGCGGGAUCAGCCAGAUACCUACUGGGUUGCCACCAUCAUCACCACUUGUGGCCAGCUGCUGCUUCUGCGCUAUGAGGGCUUCCAGGAUGAUCGCCGCGCAGACUUCUGGUGUGACAUAAUGACAGCUGACCUUCAUCCCAUAGGCUGGAGCCGGCAGCAAGGGAGGACAAUGAAACCACCAGAAGGUGUCCGCGAGAAGCAUGAGGACUGGGAGGCUCUCCUAGAGAAAACCCUUUUUGAGUCUUGCAGUGUACCUGGAAAUCUGCUCAAGGGGCCUCACCGAGGGAAGAACCCCCUGGAUCUGCUGGCUCCAGGAACCAGUGUGGAGCUGCAAGACCGAGGGGAUGCGAGAGCUGCCUGGGUGGCAGUGAUCGAGGAGAAUGUAGGGGGGCGGCUACAUCUUCGCUACACUGGCACCGAGGGACUAGCUCUGGCACAGUGCAGUCUGUGGCUCUUUUACCUCCAUCCACUAGUUCAUCCUUUGGGCUGGGCGAAGGAGCAUGGUUGCACGCUCCUUCCCCCUGCUGCGAUCCAUGCCUUGCGCUCCCAGACAGAGUGGGAUGAGGUCCGGCAAAGAAUCAACUCCCAGAUGCUUGAUGGAACAGUGGCUGCAGAUUUCAAGUUCAAGGACAAAAUGGCCACUUCGUCCCACUGUUUCACGGAAGGGAUGAAGCUUGAAGCUGUGGAUCCAGCAUCCCCUUUCAGCAUUAGUCCUGCCACUGUCAUUAAGGUCUUCAAUGAGAUGGAGUUUCUGGUGGAGUUUGAUGACUUGAGGGGGGGUAGGGGGUGUGGUUCCUCCUUCCUGUGUAACCGAGACAGCCUGGGCAUCCUGCCUGUACAGUGGAGCCUCAAGAAUGGGGUACAGCUCAGCCCUCCUCCUGGAUACCAAGGACAGGACUUUGACUGGGCUAACUACCUGAAACAGUGCGGGGCAGAUGCAGCACCUCAGCACUGCUUUCCAGAGGUGAACACAGACCACAGCUUCAAGGAGUCUAUGAAGCUGGAAGCAGUAAACCCAUUGUCCCCUGCAGACAUCCACGUGGCAACUGUCACCAAGGUCAGAGGCCAAUACAUCUGGCUACGCCUGGAAGGGCUCAAGCAAAUUGUCCCAGAGCUGAUUCUCCAUGUUGACUCCAUGGAAAUCUUCCCAGUCAGCUGGUGUGAGACUAAUGGUUACCCUCUUCAGCAUAAUCACAAACCCAAAGUCUCACAGCAAAGAAAGGUUGCCGUUGUUCAGCCAGAGAAACAGAAAGACCUGCCUAAAGCUACGCCUCAAAAUACAUUGAAGCAGCAAGUUAACAGCCAGUUGGAAAAUGUCAGGGCAGUUGGCUUUUUUGUGCCAGCAGGACAGUGCAAUGGAAAGUACUCUUGCCCAAAGAUCUACUUCAACCACCGCUGCUUCUCCGGGCCCUACUUGAACAAGGGCCGCAUUGCCGAACUACCACAGUGCGUGGGGCCAGGGAGCUGUGUUUUGGUACUAAAAGAGGUUCUCACACUCCUGAUCAAUGCAGCCUACAAGCCCAGCCGUGUCCUGAGGGAACUGCAGGUGGAUGAGGAAGCACGCUGGCAAGACCAUAAAGAGACCCUCAAGGCCAAGUACAAGGGCAAAAGCUACCGGGCAACAGUGGGGGUUGCACGCACAGCCGACCAGGUGGCCGAGUUCUGCAGGAGGACCUGCGUCAAACUGGAAUGCUGCCCCAACCUUUUUGGUCCACGUAUGGUCCUAGAGCGCUGCUCUGAGAAUUGUGCCGUGCUCACCAAGACCAAAUAUACUCAUUAUUAUGGUAAGAAAAAGAGCAAGAGAGUGGGACGCCCUCCAGGAGGUCACACUAAUCUGGAAGGUAGAAUGAAGAGACCAGGAAGGAGGAGGAGGAAGAAGAGGAAGCACUUCUUUGUCCACAAGAAGAAACGAUCAUCCAAUUCACUGGAUAGUACACCUGCGGGUUCCCCACAGGGGAGUGGUGAGGAAGAAGACCUGGAUGAGAAUUCCCUGAGUGAGGAUUCUAGCUCUGAACUGCAUGACGAGCUCAUUGAGGAUUCCGAGAUCUCAGAGCAGAAGGCUGAGUCAUCUUCUCCCUCUGUUACUGAGAGUCUUGCCUCUUCCCAUUGUCAUCGCAAGGCCCACUCCCUGUCCUACUCUGACGAUGAGAACUGUCCCCCUUUGCCAAAGGGCCCCCGACUGGAGGCAUCACACAAGCUCUGCUUGGAGAGCAGUCCUCUGGAGUGGAGCGUGGCGGAUGUGGUGCGCUUCAUCCGGGGCACUGACUGUGCCCCCCUGGCACGCAUCUUCCUGGACCAGGAGAUUGACGGCCAGGCUCUGCUGCUGCUGACGCUGCCCACUGUACAGGAGUGUUUGGAGCUGAAGUUAGGUCCAGCUGUAAAGUUGUGCAGCCACAUUGAGAGGGUGAAACUGGCCUUCUUUCAGCAGUUUGCAGGCUGAGGAAGCCACAAAACAGGGUGGUGCCUAAUGUUUUAGCAUGGACCUGCCACCUUGCCACCAACCUCACUGUACACCACAUUCACCGAAUUGUGCCAUUUGUAUUUUGCAUUCAUCUGAGAGGCAAGACUGCUCACGGGUGGUUGGUGGCCUGUUAGUAGAAGUGUUUCUAUUGCAUGAGCAUACAGAUUUUUGCACCAGUGCUCCAGGGAUAAACUAGUCAGAUGCAAUAAACCAAGCACAAAAAGACUCAAAUUGAGGAGGACAUUGCUACAUGUAUCAUUUUAUUGUAUGCUGUGUACUUAUCAUUGUCUGUCUUUUGAUUGAUUGGUUGAUUGAUUGAUUAAGAAAUGUUCAGUUCAGUGAUUAUUUAAGCUGCAUAGAAGAGGUUUAGGUUUAAUUGGAGCCGUGACUAUGCAGGCAGUCCAGUGGCUCAGCAGGUAAGAAAUUUUAACUCUGACCAGGUUGGAGAUUCAAGUCAGUAACAGGAUUUUGUAGUUAUUUCCGUACAGAAAUGAUUCAACUCGAAUUGCUGAAGUAUCAAUAAUGUCUGUAGAAAUGGGUGAAGCUAAUGGAUGAGUUGCUUUCCAUUAAAGUGUCUCAGCAAAUUUUUCAUUAAUAUAUUUCUCCAAGUAGCUUGUAGUUGUAGUGCUUUCAGUCCAUUAUCCUGAGAAUUGUCAAAUUUGUAAUAAUGCUGUUUGUUCCCUCAAAGUCAUACUAAGAGCAAAUAAAGUGUUUAUAUCCUCAUUGUUACUGUACUUUAUACCCACUUGUGGAAAGAAACAAUGUUGAGAUGCUGUUUGAUAAAUAUAUAAGGGUAAUGCUAAUUUCUAAAACGUGCCACAAGACUUGAACUUUGGUGAGACUUAUGUAGGCACAUUAGGUAACAGGGUAUGUUGAACAGGCUAUACGUCUUAUUUAUUCUGUGCACAUUUGAUCAUAAUACGUUGUUAAUGCCAAUAUCACAUUUGAUUAAGCAUUAAAUUACUUUUUGCUGUUACAGUAAUAUUUUCUAAGUGCUCAUCUCAUCAAGUCUGGUGUUUGUAGGUUCAUUUAUUAAUUUUUUUGCUUCUGAAUCUGGUUAAUUACAGGUUAACCAGGCUUGUGGACAGAGAAGCAGCCUUGUCAACCUCUCUGUUUAUAAAUGCAAGGGCUUACAGGAAGUUAAAGGGAAGAUUUUCCCUUAAUUACAUUUUUUUUUUCUGCAGUUAACUGGGAAAGUGUCUACCUCAGAACCUUUGUCAUAUCCAUUGACAGGAUCUACUUUAAUAAGAUUAAGUUACCUCUGCUCACCAGAAAAACCCCUUUCCAAGUCUGAUAAUGAAUUUGGCUCAGUAUUAAGCAGUACUUUUGUUACUUGUGCUGAAAUAAAAUCCUGAUAGAAAACUCCAUGGCUGACCAUUAAAGAGUGACACUUUAGCUCUAACUAGUGUAUUGAUUGCUGCUGGUCGAAUUUGUUUACUUUUAAAUAAAUUCAGUUAGUUUCUUCAAGUAUUGUGAAAAAGUAGUUACUAGACAUAUUAUGAAUUGUUCUGCCUGUUUUACUCUUUAUUCUGAUUCCCCCCCCCCCAUUCAGUUGUCCUGUGCAUAUUUGCAAUGGCUUCUGACACUGAAUUAGGUUUCUGUGGAGUUAGGAUAAUGUAAAAAAAAAAAAAAAAAAUUGGGACGAAAAAUAGAUAUUAUAAUGUAUCAACUUGUGUCACGGUUAUAAAGAUCCGGUGAUAUGGUGAGCUUCCAUUUAAUUGUUUUAUUGAAUUAAUGCAUAGGUCUGGGUGCCUGAUCUUUGCAAGUUAUAGGUUAUAGUUGUUUUCCUCGGAUUCUAGGUACCCGGUUGUCAAGUCACCAAAUACCUAAAAAUUUUUCUAAUGCAUCAGGCCACACUAAAUUUUCAAAAACGGUUAGAGAUGAGUUACUACAAAGAACUUCAAGUCAAUAUUUUGAGUAAUUCAAGCUGUGAUUUUAGAGAAGGACUGUAUAGUAUUCAAAAAGACGGGCAGAAAUCCAGCCUUCCAUGUAAAAGUUUCCCCCAUAGCCCUCCCUGCUGGUUAGAGUGGGGGGGUAUCAUACCCUGGUAUUGGGAGCAAUUAUGGGAGUCUUAACCACCAUGUUGUAAUAUGGAUGAUUCUAGUGGCUUGUAAACUGUUUUUCUGUUCUUUUCUUUAG